AUGGCUUUGUCGCUGCUCAGCGAGAUGCGGGACAUGACGCUGGAGCUUGACGUCGUAACAUACAGUGCUGGUAUCAGCGCGUGCGAGAAAGGCGAGCAGUGGCAGCAGGCUCUGUGGCUGUUCCGCAAGAUGCGGGAGGCGAGCUCGGAGUCCAACGUCAUCAGCUACAACGCUGGAGUCAGCGCGUGUGCGAAAAGCGAGCGAUGGAAGCAGGCUCUGUCGUUACUCAGCGAGUUGCGGGAAGUGAAGCUGAAGCCCACAGUCAUCAGCUACAACGCUGGGAUCAGCGCGUGCAAAGGCGGGCAGUGGCAGCAGGCUCUGUCGUUGCUCAGCGAGAUGCGGGAUGUGAAGUUGGAGCCCGAUGUCAUUAGCUGCGGCGCAGGGAUCAGCGCGUGCGGGCAAGGCAAAAAGUGGCAGCUAGCUUUGGCUCUGCUUGGGGAAAUGAGGGAGGCGAGCGUGUAUCCUAACGUGAUCUGCUGCAACGCCGGGAUCAGCGCGUGCGGGCAAGGCCAGCAGUGGCAGCAUGCUCUGUCGCUGCUCGGCGAGAUGUGGUACGCGAAAUUGGAUCCCGACGUCGUCACUUACAACGCUGGGAUCAGCGCGUGUGCGAAUUGCGGGCAAUGGAAGCAGGCUCUGUCGUUGCUCAGUGAGAUGCGGGAUGUGAAGUUGGAGCCCAACUUCAUGAGCUACAAUGCUGGAAUCAGCGCGUGCAGAGGGGGGCAGUGGCAGCUAGCUUUGGCGCUGCUGGGGGAAAUGAGGGAGGCGAGCGUGGAUCCUAACGUCAUUUGCUGCAACGCUGGGAUCAGCGCGUGUGGGCAAGGCGAGCAGUGGCAGCAUGCUCUGUCGCUGCUUGGCGGGAUGUGGUUUGCGAAAUUGGACCCCGACGUCGUCACUUACAACGCUGGGAUCAGCGCGUGUGCGAAUAGCGAGCAAUGGGAGCAAUGGAAGCAGGCUCUGUCGUUGCUCAGUGAGAUGCGGAAUGUGAAGUUGGAGCCUAACGUCAUCAGCUACAAUGCUGGGAUCAGCGCAUGCGGGCAAGGCGAGCAGUGGCAGACUGCUUUGUCGCUGCUUAGCGAGAUGCGGGACAUGACGUUGGAGCUUGACGUCGUCACUUGCAGCAGUGGGAUCGACGCGUGCGAGAAAGGCGAGCAGUGGCAGCAGGCUCUGUGGCUGCUCGGCGAGAUGUGGGAGGCGAGGUUGCAGCUCGACGUCAUCAGCUGCAGCGCUGGAGUCAGCGCUUGCGUAAAGGGCGAGCAGUGGCAGCGGGCUCUCUCGCUGCUCCUUGAGAUGGGGGAGGCAGACAUGGAGCCCGACGCCAUCAGCUACAGCGCUGGGAUCAGCGCUUGCGAGAAGGGCGGGCAGUGGCAGCCCGCGCUGGCACUGCUGAGCGAGAUGCAGCGGGCGAAGCUGGAGCCCAACUCAGCUACACUGCUGGGAUCUGCGCGUGUGAGAAGGGCGAGCAGUGGCAGUGGGCGCUGGCGCUGCUGA